AUGUCAUACGCUAAGGAUCAGCCCGCCGGCUUCACCAAUGCCAUUGAGAGAGUCGCCAUUGUCGGUGCCGGAGGUACUGUUGGAUCUGUUCUCGCUGCCGCCCUCCUUAAAACUGGAAAGCACACCGUCACUGCCCUCUCGCGCAAAGACAGCUCCAACAAACUCCCCGAGGGCGUCGUUGUCGCCCCCGUCGACUACAGCGAUGAGGCCUCCAUUGUCGAUGCCCUCAAGGGCCAACAGUUCUUUAUUAUUACUGUCGCCCCCACUGCGCCCCGCGACACACACAGCAAGCUCGUCCAGGCGGCCGCCAAGGCAGGGGUCCCCUACAUCAUGCCCAAUGGAUACGCCGGCGACAUUGAGCAUGUCAAGUUCGGCCAGGAUGUCAUGCUCGGACCCGUGGCCCAGGCCAACCGAGACGAGAUCGAGAAGCUGGGUAUGAAGUGGAUCACCGUGUGCUGUGGGUUCUGGUACGACUACAGCUUAGCGGGCGGGUCGGCGCGCUUCGGGUUCGACUUUGACAAGAAAGAACUGACGAUCUACGGCGAUGGCAACACCAAGACUUCAGUCUCGACUCUGGCCCAGGUCGGGCGCGCUGUUGCGACUGUGCUCAGCCUGAAGGUGCUUCCAGAUGACGAAAACGACAAGAGCCUGACUCUCUCGAGCUGGCUCAACAAGCCCGUCUACCUCAAGAGCUUUGUCGUCAGCCAGAACGAGAUGUUUGAGAGCGUCAAGCGCGUGACUGGCACGACGGACGCCGACUGGACGAUUACCCAGGAGGAUGCCCACAAGCGAUACGCAGAUGGUCUGGGGAUGGUCAAGACCGGCAACAUGGCUGGGUUUGCUAAGCUGCUCUACGCGCGAGCGUUCUUCCCGGAGGAUGCCGGCGACCACUCUGACAAGGCACAGAACGAGCUGUUGGGCUUGCCGGAGGAGAAGUUGGACGAGGCUACCCAGGUCGGGAUUGAUAUGGUAAAGGCGCUGCAGAGCCGUGCCGAGCGCAUGGCUUCAUAG